AUGUCUUCCCAACUUCCUCCUGGUGGCAUUCUUUUUGAUACCGGCAAGGACAAGGACCGGGACAAAAAUGGAAAGAGGCCCCAGUCGAUGCAUUUCCCGCUCCCCUUCACCCCCACCAUGUCCCCCAUUGUUUACCCUGCUACCACCAGCAACACCAGCAAAAUGAAUAAAGAAAACAAGCUCGACAUGAAUAAGGGAAAGGGAGUGGACGAUGCGGAUACCCCCAAGCCUGUCCAGUUUCCGAUGCCGAACAACAGAACCGCCUUUCUCUGUCCUCACGGCCUCCACAUCUCCGACACCAUUGCCGACGAUGCUGGCCCCGGACCUGGACCUUCCAGCCAAAACUACCUGCAGACCCGCUGCCUUGUUUGCGAUGUUAUGCGCGAGUACCACCCUUACCAGCCCCAGACCGCCGAUCCUACCGUUGGAGAGCAGUGGAUUCGCUACAUGGACUACAUCUGCGGUGUUCGCGAUGAGCGCAUCAUGGGCGAGAUUGGUGCUGUCCGGGACGUUGCCGACAGAGUUGUCAGUCUGGCUGAAAGCCUGCUCGCCCGGCAGACUAAGCUGCUUGCCGAUCUGAGAAAGAUGAACGAUGCCCCUGUUGAGGACUCCGCUGAAGAAGGGAAUGAUGAGUCCAAGGAGUGGUCUACUGAGGAACUCACUGAGGAUGAGAAGAAGGAGAAGUUCAAGAAGGCUGUCCGAAACAAAAUCCUGAUCGAUGAGAAGGCGGCCAAGAACGAGUUGGAGAAUGAGGCGAUCGACGUCGCUUUCAGAAUUGCUGUGCAGCGAAUGGAGUGGAUGGAUGAAGAGACCCUCCGGGAGUCUCUCAAGAUUAUUGAUGACGAAGAGAAGGAGGAGCUUGUGCUGAAGCACAUCAAGACUGAGAGAAAGCGGAUUGCGGAUGAGAAGAAGGUUGUCGACGAAAACAACGCCGUGAAGAAGCGCCAUGGCAGGGAGAAGAAGAAGUCUGAUUUGAUGGACAUCAUUCUGAAGACGCGUCACGAGGACGAGAAGAAGGAGGCUGAGGACAAGCACAUGGCUGAUGUUAUGAAUGCUAUUCUUGAUCAGAGGAUUGCCGAUCAGAAGAAGGCGGAGAAGAUGCGGGUCGAGAAGAAGAAGAAGGCCGGCAAGAAGAAGCAGGCAGAAGUCAAGGAGGCCGGCGACGACAACAAGCUCGACGUCAAGCCGACCGGCACCGGCUCCAAGCGGGACAUUUACAAUUUCACCGGAUCUGGCCCAUCCAACUAA